AUGCGUAUCCCUUUCUUCAGCCCGGCCCCGCCCUCCAGCACAGAGUCGUCCGAGGCAGGGCCCUCAUCGCCCACGCCCGCUUCUACGCCAGCAGCUUCAGCGGCCACCGCCCCUGUAAUCAAUCGAUUCGAGCAUAUGCUCGCCGACGAAACUAGCAUACAGGAAGCACAGUAUCCUACCUACGACGAGGUGCCCGGGUGCAUGAGACUGCUAGACGAGUUCUUGAUGUGUUAUGCUCUUGUUCCACAACUGCGCUCUUUCUACCGCCGAGGAGAAAUGAGUGAUUGCACGUGGAAGUUUCAAGACUUCAAAUACUGCAUGUCAUUAAAGUCAUCUGACCCAGAGGAAAAGAGGCAGCUGUGGAUCAAAAGGCGUGCAGAGUGGUGGGCUCAGAGGCGAUUGAACAGAAGCAGCGAAGAUGUCUGGGAUCUGAGAACAGAACGACUCGAGAAUUUCCCUCCCCUGGCCCCCGAGGACGUUUCCAGCGACACGACGACUGCAUAA